GAAGAAGAAGAUGCCGUUGCGGAAACACGGUUAUAGAAUUCUAUUUAACUAGACACUAGUUCACGACUUCCCCGUCCCUUAACCCUGCCCAACCGCUGACUUCACUUCUUCUUCACCAUCAUUAUAUUCGUACUUACUAGUAGUAGCCUCCAACUCCAAACACUCACUAUGAAAUUCUUUGCCUUCACUUCUCUUCUCGCCCUCGCGGCGGCCUCACCCACCCCGACUCUGCCAGAGGCAGGAUCGCCCCGAGUGGCCAAGAGGGCAAGCAUCACGGAUGCGGCCAACAUUGGAUAUGCCAGUCUCAAUGGAGGCACAAAGGGCGGUGCAGGCGGCACGACCACCACGGUUUCGACUCUUGCCCAGUUCACGGCCGCGGUCAACGAGAAGAACAGCGACCCGGCCGUUGUUGUGGUGAAGGGCGUUAUCGAGGGGAACACCAAGGUUCGCGUCGGCAGCAACAAGUCCAUCAUUGGGGCCAGCCCUGGGUCGGGAUUCAAGGGGAUCGGCCUUCACUUCCGGCGCCAAAGCAAUCUGAUUGUGCGGAACAUUGUCAGCUCGUUCGUGGUGGCUAAGAAUGGCGACGGGCUGAAGAUCGAGGAGAGCACCAACGUCUGGGUCGACCACUGCGAGUUCUUCUCGGACACGACGCACGACAAGGAUUUCUACGACGGCCUGGUUGAUUCCUCGCACGGAUCCGACUUCAUCACCAUCUCCAACACCUACUUCCACGACCAUUUCAAGGCGUCCCUGGUCGGGCACAGCGACAACAACGCGGCCGACGACAAGGGCAAGCUCCACAUCACCUACGCCAACAACGUGUGGAAGAACAUCAACUCGCGCGCGCCCCUGCUGCGCUUCGGCACCGCGCACAUCUUCAACUCGUACUUUGAGAACGGCAGCACGGCCAUCAACACGCGCAUGGGCGCCAACGCGCUGGUCGAGAGCAACGUCUUCAAGAACGUCGACUUCCCUGUCACCAGCCGCGACUCGAAGGAGGUUGGCUACGCGACCCUCAACGACAACGACCUCGGCGGCGGCACCAACGACGCGCCGGCCGGCAGCUUCUCGGCCAACUCGCUCGGCUACAAGUACACGCUGCUUGGAUCGUCCAAGGUGGCCUCGACGGUUCCGGCGGAGGCUGGCGCUAAGCUGACUUUCUAAUUGCGGAGAAGAAAGAUUCUCACAUUUUCUGGGUUGGCUGGUUUCGAUCUGGAAUUUAGGAUGUGAGAGGUGGGCAAUUGCAAGUGGCGGUUGAAGUUAUCGACCUGUAGGCUG